UUUUAAAUCGUGAAAAAUAGCUAACGUUUGGAUAUGUUAAACAUAUAGGAAGUCCGUUUAUUAAUGAAACUUACUUAAUCAUAAGUCAAAAAACUUGACAUAAAACCAAUAAAACUACUGUUUCUUAGUUCAACAAUAAAAUGAAGACUGGCCCAUCUAAUGGUAUUAUCUCCUACAAAUCUGGAAGGUGCAAAAACUCAGCCAUCAUCCUUCAAAAUAGUGUCAUAAUAACCACAGGUCUCGUUCUGCUGCAGAUAAGAGAAUUAUUUAAAGAUUUGAACGAUGAUUUGAGGCAAGACGCCUGCCUUAGCGGUCAAAAACUAGAAUCGUUGGAACAAUUUGAUUUUCGAACCAUUAGCAAGCAUCAGAAUCAUUUUGUUGAGAAGAAAGUAAAAAUUGGGUGCAUUCUGUAUUCAAAAAAUAUAGCCAACACACUUGUUAAGUAUUUCCAAGGCUUGAAGAUAUCCAUAAAUGGUCAAGUGGAAUCCAUACAAGAUUGUGUAGAUUUAUUUUCAACUUUGCUGAUAUUUCAGUAUGAGCAUUGUGAUUAUUCUUUACCAGCUUUGAAACACAUGUUUUCGAAUAGUUUUCGAACUAAUUCAAAUAAACUUAGAAUAUUAGAUGAAAUAGUAUGUGUUGGUGCUCCCUUUGGAAACGAAAAUUUCAUCAAUAGUUUUAAUUUUGGACACAUUGCCAACGUAUUUGGAGAAAAUCAAAGCUUAGCCUUGCUAAACGUGUCUUCUACUUUUGGAUGCCAAGGAUGUGGAGUUUACGAUAAGAAUUUAAAUCUACGAUUCGUUCUGCUGGAAUCUAAUUUCAUUCAUCAUAAUGGCAAUGUAAUCUUUCCAUUGGCUGCUAAUAUAGAAGAAUUCUACAAAAUUAUUUUUCCGUCACAUGUCUUGUCAAAACCCGUAACACCUCUGCCAGUUUUCACAAAUUCAGUAUGUUUGUUAGAAUCGAUCGGAUCCUGGGGUAGCGGCUGUUUGUUCGUGAUGGAGAAAAAAUAUUUCAUUUUAACAUGCGCGCAUAUCUUAAACGGGGAACACAUUUUUUGUCAUUAUAAAGGGAAAAACUUAAAAACUGAUCUGAUCUACAAAAACCCAGAAUAUAACACAGCCUUCGAUAUCGCCUUAUUGAGCGUUAAUUCAAACUUUAGAUUCUGUGAUAUUGGCCAAUUGACGCACGAAAAACCAAAAAUUGGACAAACGUCUACCGGGGAAAGGUUGUACAAUACAGCAAGGGCGUGCUACUAACGGAUUGUCCAGUACAAGCAGGUCAAAGUGGUGGGCCCAUAUUCGAUGCGCGGGGUUAUCUCUUGGCCGUGAUGGUGUCUAACUUUAAGAACG